UAAACAUAGUAAAUUAUGCCUUGGUCAGACAUUGACACAUUUCACAACAAAUCUAGUCCAGACUUUAAACUUUGUUAUGUUUUGUACUAGCAAUAGGACCCCGUUGGAAAUAAACCUUUCAGCUUCCAUGGGCUAUCCUGUCAAGGUAUUCUUCAAUUUCAUUGUAAUCACCCGUGAUAUUCUUGACGAAUAAAAUCAAUCAAUCGAUUUGUUUGAUUAAAUCUUGACUAAACCAUUGAACCUUCUUGUCCCGUAUUUCUGUUCCCUAAGCAUGUGCUCCAGGUCUCAUUCGACACCACGAAUCAUGUUAUCACUUCUCUCAGAACGAAUCGAAUUUCACAUCAGCCAACUCAACCUGCGAAAACCUCGGCAUGCACCUUGUCUACAUCGACACUUAUUCUGAACAAGAAUUCCUAAUGAAUACCGUGCAACACAACAGCGGUUCCUGGAUAGGGUUGUCGGGAUUCUCCUGGAUGGACGGGUCAGGUUUGAGCUUCAGUAACUUCGGAAGUAACGCAUUCAACGAGAAGGGACUCUGUUUUAGGAUACAAGAAUCCGAUCUCAAGUGGUAUGACAGGAGGUGUACAACGUUGUUCUCUCAUAUCUGUGAACAAUCAGGAACCUGUGCAGAUCAGAACGACACGGAGUACGGUGGUUCUUGUUAUCACUUCUCUCACAGCUCCACCAACUUCAGCACCGCAUUAUCACUAUGUGAGGGUCGGGGAAUGCAUCUGGUUUACGUCGAGUCGGAGCAAGAACACGACUUCUUAGCCCUUAACCUCCUACCUGACGGCCACUACUGGAUAGGUCUCUCACACAUGACAUGGCAGGAUGGAUCAAGCCCUGUAUACAACAACAUCCCAGAUCAGAACUAUGAGUUCGACGAUGGGGGAAGCUGUUUCCAAGCGGCCUGGAGUUUUGGCUGGGAAGACAUUAGCUGUUCCGACAUGCAUUAUUACAUCUGCGAGAAUGAAGGUGGUAGGUUGAUUUAGUAAACAUUUGUCAAGAUCUAGUGAAAA